AUGAACUGCAAGAAAUCCUUCGGGCGAGUCUCGGUGCAGCAUCCUACAAGGGCAACAUCCGAUCUGCUUCGUUGUGAGUUGAAUGAUUUAGGGCUCCUGGGGUCCGGGGCAAGUGCAAACUCAAAGCUUCUGAAAGAUCACCUUGAUGCCGAUAAGGGUUACUGGGAUUUGUACUGCACCCACCCCGUGGUCCAGAAAGCCUUUCAAGAAGGAUUUCGUCAGGAACACGUCGUUCCCCUGUCUGUUUACUUUGAUGGGGUGCAAUACACAAAGAACGAAAACUUUCUGGGCUUCUACAUGACGAACCUUCGCUCUGGGAAGCAACAACUGGUGUGGCUCUUGAGGCUGUCAGAGCUCUGCUCGUGCGGCUGUCGUGGCUGGUGUUCAGUCUUCCCGCUUCUGGAACAUUUCCGUUGUGACAUGAGCCGUGAGCACACCGAUAUUCGACCGGCGAUUUUGGAUUUCAAGGCCGACUGGCCGGCACUGGUCGAGAUUUGCGGCCUUCGGACAUGGUCUCACAACCUCCAUCCAUGCCCAUGCUGCAAGGUGGAUAAGUCCUCCUUGUUGGCCGUCGGCACACAUUCCUUGAAUUCCUCGCCGAACCCACUUUUUACGCAGAGCUCUUAUGACGAGCUCGUAGCACGGACUUUCCGGGAAGUGAUUGUGCCCGACGACGAGAGCCAACGGCGACUUCACAGCUUGCUCCGCUACAGCAAGAAUGGUCGGGGACGAUGCUUGAAGGCGGCCUUCCCGCCGCUGGGUCUUCGUAGAGGCCAUCGCCUGGAGCCAUCUGAACAUCUUUUGGACGUGGACAACUUUAUCCAUCUCACGACACCAUUCAGCUGUAUCUUCUACACCGGCGGGACGCACGGUCGCAUCCUCCAUCGAUCACCUUUUUUGAGAAUACCUGGGGUCUCGAUCGACUGCUGGUGCAUAGAUGUGCUCCACACAUGGCAUUUCGGACCAUUGUCCUCGUAUGUCGCACAUUCGCUGCGAACCCUGAUUUCUUCGCCGGUGUAUCAGCCGACCAGUUAUAAGGACCUGGAGAAAGAGGAGGCUGACAAGCUCGCCUUGCUUCAUCUUCGUGCGGAACUUUGGUCGUUCUACAAGAGACGCCGAGAAUCAGACGAAGAUUGGAAGAGAAAAGGCUCAGAGGUGUGGAACCUGACCUUGACCAUGAUUGCUGGAAAAUAUCUCAAAGCGAAAGCUGCCGAGACACAUGGGCUGCUCAACUUCGUCGUCGAUAGACUUGCAAAGCAUUCGGAACAACUGGCUUCGACGACUGAGGCUGCUUCUGUCGAUCUGUUGCUGAGAGCAGGCACUGCAGCGAUGGACUUCGAUGCAGUGCUGGCGGCUCACCCGAGAGCGGUCGAUGCCGACACUUGUGCACUGCUGUCCGACAACUACAACAGGUUCAUCUGCCUGUCUGCCAGAGCCCAGAUCCCUCUCAUGCCUAAAUGUCAUAUGAUGUACCAUAUGAUUCAGAGGGCACUGCUGAAGGGGAAUCCCCGCUUUUACUCCACUUACAUCGACGAAUCCCUGAACGGGGCGAUCGCCCGUGUGUGCCGGUCGGUUCACAGACGAGGAUGGGCACUUGCAGUGUAUCGCAAGCUUUCUAUGUUUGAACAGCUGUUGGCAGAGGAUGAGGAUUGA